AUGGAAGCAGACCAUCACGAUGCCCAUAUAGAGGCAGAAAAGGCAGACGGCAUUCUCCAAGAUUGGCACGGCGGCGACGACAAGGAAAACCCUAGGAAUUGGUCCACUUUUCGAAAGACUACAUCCACAGUGAUUGUUUGCUUGAUUGGAGCAAUUCAAUGUAUCAACUACUGUGUCGUUGUUACCACUCUCGGCGUACUCGCUAGGGCUGGCCUUUGGACCUAUGAUUUCCUCCCCCUGUCCGAGACCUUUGGCCGCAAGCUGGUCUAUCUUCUUACGCCCCUGGCCGAUAUUUUUACCAUUGGCGUUGGUCAGUCGCGCAAUAUCGCCUCUCUCAUUGCUUGCCGCUUUGUUGCGGGCUUGUUUGCAGCCCCUGGGAUUUCUGUCGCCGCAGCUACCAUUACCGAUUAUACACCACCGUCGCAGCGGGUCAUUCCGCUAGGAAUCUACUACUCUGUUCCGUCCAUCGGCAGCGCAAUGGGGCCUUUGAUAGGGUCUUUUGUGGUGGAGCACCGAGGCUGGCGAUGGACAGCAUGGACGCCGCUCAUGAUGGCUGCCGUUUUACACCCGCCAGCACUUUUCCUCAAAGAGUCGUAUAAACCGAUCAUUCUGCAACGACGGGCCCGGAUGCUUGGAGCGGCUGCAGGAUUGAAUGCCGAUUCGCGAAGUCUCUCCCAGGGGGCGAAAGAAUUCAUCACCUCCACAAUCGUCCGCCCAUUGCAUAU